UCCAAGGCCCGGAAGCGAAAGCUGCCCCUGCACUUCCGAGCGAGGUCACGGCCGGGCCAGCUGGAGCAGUGUGUUCCCGCGUGGGGUGCCCUCUUUGGGCCAGCACAGCCCCUCGCCCGGCGCCAUGUCCCGGAACCUGCGCACGGCGCUCAUUUUCGGCGGCUUCAUCUCUUUGGUCGGCGCCGCCUUCUACCCCAUCUACUUCCGGCCCCUAAUGAGGCUGGAGGAGUACCAGAAGGAGCAAGCCAUAAAUCGGGCUGGGAUUGUUCAGGAAGACGUGCAGCCACCAGGAAAUGAGAAGGCUGUCACCAGCUCUGAUUAUGAAAGUAGACAUCUUCAUGCUUUCAACUCUGCUUUGAACACAAUAAAUCACUUCACUAUGGAAGGGUGGCUGGAGGAGAAAACCCUGAAAUGCCGUCAAUGAGAGUACUUGUCAUAAAAGACUCUGCACCAGGAUAUUUCCCUUCUUUAAUAUCAAAAGAACCCUUGGACACGUUAUACCAUUAGGAAGGUUAGCAUGAUUUGGUUGACUUUUCGAAAAUGAAGCUGUGCUGUGGGGCUGUUUGCAGGAGACCUGUUUAUCAUUCAGUGUUUAUCCCUUACCAAGCUGUGAUAGGAAUGCAAGCAGCCCUUGGGUCUGUGGAGGUGCACAGCCUCUCUGCAGCCUUCCGACUUGGAGACUUCAGGGAAGAACCACCAUGCUGAGCUGCCUCCUGGGGCUCUUUGAAAAUAUUCAAGUUGAUAAAGCUCUUUGAGGACAAGGUACUUGUGCUGUUUAAGAAUAAACAGUUCCGCUGAACCAUCUCCUGUUGAAGAUUGCUCUAUGCUGAAAAAUAAAUAAGUAUAAAGCGGGUCAAACCGCACAGGUACAUGGGCGUAGUACAAAUCAGGGGUGAAUCAACGAAAGUGAAAAAUAGGUCUAUUAAAACGAUUUGUUUUUAUUUUAGAA